ACGACGUUGCAUCAGCUGCAGAUUGGCGGCGCCUAUGUGAACCACGUGGAGGCGCAUUUGUCGGAUCAUUGUCAUGCGCACAAUCAGCGCGAGAAUUAUGCACCGGAUAAACAUGUCGUUGUACGGUAUCAGCCGUUGCAUAUGGAGAAAUUGUUGCGGGGACUCGUCCUUGUUUGCCAGCAUGGUGAUGAGUAUCUAGUGUGGGCCAUGGACUAUGGUUUCACUAUCAACUGCAGAGCGAAAGACCUGUGGCUGCUGCCGGAGCAGCAGAGUGAACGGUACGUCGAGAUCGCAUGGGGUGGCAUAGCCUGGGUGGCGCCGCGCACGGGCAGCGAGUGGUCCAAGAUGGCAGUGCGAAUGUUGGACAAGCGCAUGGAUGAAGCGCAGCGUCUGAUCUUCAAGGUCCAGCAUCGCAACAACGAGCGCCACAACUUUGGUCAGCUGCUGAUGGACGAGCCACCCAUAGAUGCGGCCAGCUAUCUGGUGGAGAGGCAAUGUGCUCGCCUGGAAGUCAAUGAGGUCAGCAUGAUGUGUGCUCAGAGCUCCAGGGUGGCGUAUGACGUGGACUUGGCGGAGUUGAAUGAGCCAGAUAUCAAGCCCAGCCUGCGUGUCAUGACCAUACUUCAACUGAUGCAGCGUUUCAAAGUGCUGCCCAAAGUGGAGCUGCAGCCCGGCUAUAAGCUAACUGCAAGUAGUGCCCAUAGCGAACAGCAGCAGAACUAUGUGGAUUCGAUUUUUAAGAAUGGCUAUCAUAGACUAGGCAACAAGACCCGCAAUCUCACCUGUCCCUCGAAGCAGUCGGCUAGACUGGAUAGCCUGCUCCAAUGCCGGACAGCGCCCGGAAUACCCGCCUCGGCGAAGCGCCUCAGCAAAAUUAAGAGCAACAACGAUGGCGUCGUGGAUACGGCGCUCAAUCGCAGCCACGGCUCGAGCAACUCGAGCAGCAGCACCUGUUCCACGGACAGUUUCGAUGCCCUGGAACAACAAACGACCAACAAAAGAAAUAGUCGCAACAUUUUAGAAUUUUACAAGCGGCCCAUGAGUAUGCCGCAGCCCAAUCAGCAAAAGCUGGAGCAGAAUAAGAGUUUGCCUCAUCAGCAGCCAAAGAAAUCAAUGAUUGAAAAGCUGCCCACAUUCGACUUCAAUCAAGAACUGAUAGCGUUAUCCCCAAGUGCGAGCAAUUCGCUGUUUACCAUCCAAGAGCUUCCGGACAACCAGGCUGAACAGUGUAUCAGCAAAGCAGAGCAGGGAUCUGUCAAGCUCUUGACCAAUAAGAAACUGUUGUCGUCACAUCGGAAUCCCUGUUCGCAGUCUGCCAAACUGGAGAAUAUAAACGAGCACGAAAUCUUAAAAACCAGUCAGAGUUAUCCGGAUAAAGUGGAUCGCCUCUACGAUACAUCCUUAAAAAAAGAACCUUUAAAUACAAGUGAAGAUCAGCCUUUGCCGUUCGAUGAGAAUAAAUUAAAAUGCUUUAAUGAUCCAUCCGGAACGAAAGUCAUAACGAACAGUGAAGAUCAAUCUGCAACGCUAAGUCCGGAUAAACUAGAGCCCAUCUAUAAAAAUAUAAAUGCGGAAUCCUUGAAGACCUGUCAAGAUAUGCACUUAACAAACAACCUGGAUAAACCCGGAUACAACACAACCGAAGCGGCAUCUGUGAAGACGAGUCAAGAACAGUCAUCAGCGCCGGAUAAACCGGAACGUAUCUGCGGAUAUUUAAAUACGAAUAACUCAAAGACCAGUGAGCAUUCAUCAAGCAACCCGGAUAAGUAUGAUAGCUGUAACAGCUCAUCCGGAACAGAAUCCUUGACGACAAGUAAACAUCCUUCAGCACUCAAUCCACACAAGCUGGAAAGUAUCUAUAAUGCAUACCGCUUGCGAGCUAAAGCGAAUGACUUGUCCGUGCACUCAGUCCCGGAACUCGAAGGCCUGGAGAACCAGGUGCUGGCACACAGCAAGAUCAAAGUGCAACCUAUUCACAGCUUAGCCGAUUCGCUGCUCUGCGCGGAUGUGCUGUUGGCCAUGCGAGAUAUGAAUGUGAAGCCAACGCUGGCCACACAGCGCUAUGCCUGGCCGCAUCUGGCGAACGGGCACUCGCUGGUGCUGGUGGAUCGUGCUGGUAGCGGUCGAUCCUGGUGCUAUUUGCCCACAUUGUGCUCGCUGGUGAUACGCUCGAUGCGAACGCUAGGGAAGGGCCCCACUCUUGGUCCUCUGGCAUUGCUGCUGGCCGACUCCGUAGCCAAUGCCCAGGCAUUGUUUAACCAGUGCAAUCAGCUGAUGAGUGCCUACAAGACGAACAUGUUGAAGGUGGUCAACACACAUGGACAUACGGAAAAGGAACUGCAGCUGCGACUGCUCAACGCGUGCGGCAUUCUGGUCACAACGCCCACCCAUCUGAAGGAGCUGCUGCAGCACGAAAUGCAGUUGAUCGAUCCGCGUCGCUUGAAGCACUUCAUUAUCGAUGACUACGAUCGCGUGAACGCUGCGCAGCCCCAUUUGCUCAACGAACUGCUUCAACUGCUCCAGAACUUUACCAAGUUCCAGCUGCAGUUGGUAGUCAUCGCUCAGCAGUGGCAUGGAAAGGUCUUUCUUGAACUGCUCAAGCGUCAUGGGGACAACCCUCUACUGCUCUUCGGCGACUUCCUAGAGGCAGCUAUUUAUGGCAGCAUAAAGCUAAGUGUGACUCUGUUGCACAGCGAUAGGAAGAUCGGACGUCUACUCGACUAUUUGACAGUGCAAAAUCCUCUGCAGCGACGCACGAUUAUUUACUGCAAGCACGAGCUGGAGUUGGCUGCUCUACGGGAGGCGUUGACUGCAGCGGGCUAUGACUGCAUUGGUUCCAUUGAUGCAGCUGGGCAGCAAGCUCAUCAGCUGCUAUUGGUUGCGGAUGCAGUUCAGCAGACUCCGCUGCCUGUUGCCAACUUUGAGCUCAUGAUUCACUACAGCUUGCCUGUUUCUUGGUCAAAGUUCUCGUAUCGAUUUCAUGCUUUCAGCGGGAAUAUUAACAACUGUUUGUUGCCACAGCCGUUGGGAGGGGGUGUCGUCUCCUGUGUAAUGCUAGACGAAAGCAAUAGCCACGAGUUGCCGCGUCUGGUGCAGUUUCUCGAAGCUCACGACAUUCAGCUGAGCGAUCACAUACAACAAAUGGUGCAGAGUUGUCGCCAGGUGACAGACCAACGUCGUCAGCUCUGCCAGCAAAUGUUGAGCAGGGGCGCGUGUGUUCGGCUGUAUUGCAGCCGGAGGCAUUACCCAACCAGUGUGGACUUCCGGCGGCCAGACCAGACGGCUCUGUGGCCAUCAGGCACUGUUGUGCGUGGCAACAUAAUCAAGAUCUAUGAUCCGGUGCACUACGCCAUUAUGCCCGUCAGCUAUAAGAGCUGUGAUGGCGUCUCCUGGCAAGAUGCUCCGAACUUGUCUACCCUACGCAAGUUAAUCACUGCGCUCUACGUGCACAUGAGCAGCGGGCUGAAUCGGCGGCCGAUGCAGGCGCUGAAAAUCUCCGACAUCUGCGUUCUGCAUCGCCGUGACAAAUAUCAACGGGUUCGCAUUGUAGAUUUGUCCGACAAACGCCUGGUCACAGUGCAGCAAAUGGACGAGGGCACGGAAUUGCUGAAGGUGCAACCGACUGAGCUCAUGGAGUGCGAUGCUCGUUUCGCAGUGGAGCCGCCACUGGCCAUGGAUGUCAGACUUUGUGGAUUGGUGCCCCCCAUAAGUGAGGGCGAUUGGAAGCAGGAGGCCAAUGAGUGGGUUACUGAGCUGCUGAGCCAUCUGAGUGACCGUCAACACUUGCAGCUAACGGUAGAGUUUGCUAUGUUCGAUGUAGUCUAUGCGAAGGACAUGGCAGUGCUUCAGGAUUGUCCGACACUACAAGCCUGCGUAGCCGCUACACAACUGCAUGACGAGCUGAUCAAUCGGAGAUACGCCAAGCGGAACGAGCAGAUGAUAAAAAACCUGCACAAGCUGCAUGUUGAGGUGCUCAAGGAGCAAACGCGAUUGCGGGAAAUUUGUAGCCUUAAGGAUGAGCUAAAGGUCGGAAAUGAGCAAGUGAAGGAAAAGGAGUUAUUGGAGCAGGCAGCGUUGUCUCUGGAGCAGGGAAAAGUUACGCAAAGUGAGAGUAUUGAAAAUGUUCGAAGACAGUCCGAAGGAACAGCCUGUGAAAGGCUUGAGGACACGACAGAUCAGUCGGAAGGGAUAGAGACUGAAAUAAACUUCAAGCAAGUCCAAUCUGAAACCAAUUUCCCAACUAACUCACUGCUUAGCAAGGACGCCCUUGUUCCCAAGGAACCUAUUGAGAUAACUGAGAUUCAAGGGGAGCCAGAAAAGUUAACGGAGUCCGCAUAUUUUAAGGACAGCGCAUCAACAUUUAUGGAGAUUCUAUUGCAGGAUCUGAGCUCCGACGAUGCAACGAUUAAAGAUGCCGCCAAAAACAUGAUGCAGGAAAUUCUGGCAACUGAUAACCCAAAGCACGACAAAGCGAAUAGCCCAAAGAUGGCAAGCAAGAGCAAGUCUCAUGUACAAGCAGAGACCAAGCUACAGCUGACACCUGCUAAGAUGGCCAGUGCGUUGUGCUGUGCCACCGUCGCCGACAAUGCAGUGCGUCCAAAGGUGCGCUGGCAUCAGACUCUGCUGCAGCUCGAGCUCAUCUUCGAGCAGCAAGUGCCGCAAUACCAGCUCGAGCACCGGGGCAAUGUCCUCUUCUAUCAGGUAACGGAGACGACGCCUCCUCAACGCUGCAUUCUCAAUCUGCUGGGCGAGGUGCAGAUAUUAUCGGAGCAGCAGCAUGGCUAUCAGCUGCACGUUAAGCUGGCCAAGGCUGGCCUCAAUGUGCAUUGGCCUAGUUUGCUGGACUCCUUGUACGCGCAGCAGCACUCCCACUGGCUGGUCUAUGACUCGGAGCGCGCCAAGAGCCCUCAAUCUGAUAUCGGUCGCAUACAUUGGCUGCGUUACCAGCGCAGUCGAUACGUCCCGCAGGAGAGCGAGAACGAAGAUGACGACUAUUGGUCAGCGGACGAACAGAGCGAGUUGUCCGACGUGGAACGCGUUAAAUACGAUAGUUCCGAUGAUAUAUAGAGAGAUAUAUCGAAGAUCUUAUAAACUAUAUUUGAUGUUUUUUUUCAAAGGACGAGACCUUUAAUGCAGCAGUCUUCUUAAAGUGCAGUUGGUUGACUUUUAAUAACUUUUUUAAAUUUUCAUUCUUUUGCUUAUUUUUUUUAGAAAUUGUAUAUAUAUCUGCCAAUUUAUUUCAAAGCAGUUUUA